AUGGCCAAGAAAUCGAAAGCUCGUGUGGCCGUAAAGCCUGCGCCCAGCAGCAGCUCGUCGUCGUCGGCCUCGAGCAGCGACGAGGCGCCAGCGCAAAAGGUUGUGGCAGUGGCCAAGAAGAGCAGCAAAGCUGCUCCGGCGAAGCCAGUGGCCAGUUCGUCGUCGGACUCGAGCUCGAGCGAAGACGAGGAGGAGGUCCCCAAGAAGGUCGUGACCAAGAAGGCUGUUGCCAAGAAGGAGGAGAGCUCGGACACGUCCUCGGACGCGUCUUCGGACGACGACGAGGAGGAAGUGCCGAAGAAGGCCACAACGGCCAAGAAGGGGGUUGCCAGCAAGAAGGAGAGCUCGGCCUCGAGCUCGGACUCGGACUCUUCGGAGGAAGAGGAGGUCCCAAAGAAGGCGGUUGCCGUAGCAAAGAAGGGUGUUGCCACGAAAGAGGAGAGCUCAGACUCGAGCUCGGACUCUUCGGAGGAGGAGGAGAAGCCGACGGCGAAGAAGGCAGUUGUCGCUUCCUCGAAGAAAUCGGUUGCCGUGAAAAAAGAGAGCUCGGACUCGAGCUCGGACUCUUCGUCGGACGACGAGGGCGCCAAACCCGCUGCUUCGGCAAAGACUGCCGCUGCAGCAAAGGCGGAGAGCUCGUCGAGCUCGGACUCUGACUCUUCGGACGAGCAAGAGGCGCCGAAGCCGGUUGCAAAGAAGGCCGCCGCCAGCAAGAAGAAGAAGGAGUCGUCUUCUUCGUCGUCGGACUCGGACUCGUCUUCGGACGAAGAGGAGGAGACGACGAUUGUGUCGAAAAAGCGCAAGAGCUCGGACGCUGGUGAGAAGUCGGCCAAGGUGCACAAGCAGGAGAACGGCGAUGCAGCUUCGGUAGUAAACCCCCAAAAGGCUUUGGAGAUCUUUAUCGCUGGUCUCCCGUGGGCUGCAACAGAGGAGGAAGUGACCGAGUACUUUGCGGGGUGUGGUGAAGUGACUGGUGCUCGCAUUCCACAGCAGAACGGCCGGUCGACGGGCACGGCGUUCGUGACGUUCACCACUGCUGAGGCUGUGGAGGCAGCGCUUGCAAUGGACGGCCAGGACUUUGGUGGUCGUUGGCUGAAGAUCCGCACGGCGGAGAAGAAGAACAUGUUUGACGAGAAGCCGGAAGGAUGCACGAGCGUGUUCAUUGGCAACCUCAGCUGGGACGUGGACGAAAACACGAUCCGUGAAACGUUCGGGGAGUGUGGGGAGAUCCUAAGCUGUCGUCUAGCGACUGACCGUGAGACGGGCGAGUUCCGUGGCUUUGGUCACGUGGAUUUUGCCACGACCGAAGCCGUCGACGAGGCUGUGAAACUCGCCGGCACGUACGUGAGUGGACGCAACAUCCGCGUGAACUAUGCGAAAUCCCGCGACCAGAAUGGGGGGCGGCGGCGGCGGUGGUGGACGCGGUGGAUUCGGUGGCCGAGGAGGUGGUCGCGGUGGCGGGCCGUGGAGGCCGUGGCGGCUUUGAUGGUGGUCGUGGAGGAGGCCGUGGUUUCGGUGGUCGUGGCGGCGGUCGAGGUGGCGGUCCGCCAGCCGUCUUCGAUCCAGAACUUCCAGGGCUCGAAGGUGACAUUUGACUAA